UCUUGUACAGAGUCCUGUUCCGUGCAGAUUACAGGGCUGUUCCUGGGCGCAGGACCUAUCGUCAACAGGUGUCAACCAUGUCUCAGUGUCAUCUGUCGGGCAAGAUCAACAUUACAGUGACAUGGAGACAAUAACUGCAGUCGCUACCAUACGUUGAACGUUUUCUCUGAAAAGACCCCAUGUAAUAAUCCCUGUGGAGUUUAUGAGAAAGCUUUAUUCCAGUAGGCGACAAAUAAACAGCAUGGGAUAAAGCGAUAAGCGACUGCUUAGAAUGGUCUUUAUAAGGCACGUCACGCGUAGACAAGUGUAAAGACGUUUUAACUUUUCGUGAUUUUGUUUUGUUUCUAGUGGCAAUACUGAAAUGUGCAUACUUGUUUGACUGUCGUAAUUGAAGUUUCGUGUUGAACAGGUUUUGAAUGUUAGCUGCGGUAUUAGCAAUGUGAUCAUCGGCGAACUGAAACACGCACUGCUUUGUAGUUUCCACGAUCUCAAAUAGUUGCAAGUAUCUGUGAUUUUCAUGUGUUUAUUAUCUUCAGAUCUCAGUCGACGCGCCAGUAAUUGGAUAUUCGCUGUGAUGGUUUCUGUUACAAGUGCUUCGUGUUGACAGGUUACAAUGAAGAGUAGCUGUGAUGGCAAGUGUUUAACUUAGUAGACAGUGUUGUUUCUUCUAGUCACCAAUUUCACCGUCACUACACAUGUAUAUUGACUGGGAAAGUUACGCCGUUAUGGGAAUUAAGACUAUGAAGUCUUUCAGUAGACCUAGAGAUAUUCCAACACAAGUGCCACCUCUUACUCCCGGCACCAACAAAAAAAUGACGGAGGCGCUGAAGGCGUCCUUCGCCUCUUGGGAGAAAGAACAGUUAAGGCUCAACAUUGUCAAAGAUCCGAGGCAGUGGAAUGAGACGAACGUGGCACAGUGGCUGUGCUGGGCCAUCAGGGAGUUCUCGCUGGAGGGUGUAGCAAUGCAUCACUUCCACAUGAAGGGGAGGGACAUCUGCGCCAUGGGCAAGGAGGCUUUCCUAGCACGUGCACCACCGUUCAUGGGAGACAUCCUGUGGGAACACCUGGAGAUCCUGCAGAAAGACGUGGAAAAAGAACGGUCAGCCCUCGAGAACGUUCCUCCUAACCUGUACGAGUCGGUGUGUGUGCCCGAUCUCAGCGAGUUCCUGGGUGGCUACCAUUCUCUGACAGGCGGAGACCAGAAGGUGGCCAGCAGUGGUACAAGCAGUGGUCACCCACCAUCCGCCGUCACUCCUACACCCGCCAGCAACGCGACUGGUUAUCUGCAUGACGCAGGUUACAGUCACCUGCGGAGUCCCGCGGUAUGUGGGACGCCGCGAGACGCCACGACGGAUUGCGGUCGCGAUGAGGCGUCGCCUCCACCAGCUGCCCCGCCGUCUUCAGGCUUCAUCCACCUCCGGAGUCCCGUGUACCAGCUCAAAGAAGGUGGCUACAAUCAACUGGGGGACAGCUCGAUGCAACACCUGGCUGGCGGAUCUGCGGGGACCGACGACCCACCAUCUGCCGGUGGUGCAGUGAGCUACAGUACCGUGACGCCCCAGCACCAGGGACAACAUUACGAUCCUCCAGACCACGAAUAUCACUCCCUGGACGGUGGCAAUCACCACCCGAACCCCUACAUCGACAGCUCUCCAGAGUUCUACUCUGCACCUCCGCCAUCCUCUCUCCUGGACACCAAGUAUCAGGCGCACUUCGUCAAGAAUUACCCGCGCAGUCGUUAUUCUCAUCAAGAAGCCUACAGUGAUUCUUAUAGUUCUCCCUAUGACUCUUCGCCGUUUCAGACCGUUCCAAACAGCGCACCGGAUCACUGGGGUUCAGGCCCUGACAUGGGGCAGGGAGGACCUCAUCCUCACCCUGCCUUUUUGCAUUCUGGUCCAGGCAGGGACACCCUAGGCCACGCGGUUACCCCCAAUGGUGACACAAAACCAGUGCAUCAGUCUUCAAUGCUUGCUGGGUACUCCGGCGGUGGGCCAUGCUUCACAGGGUCAGGUCCAAUUCAGCUGUGGCAAUUCCUACUGGAGCUACUCACAGACAAAUCAUGCCAGGGCUUCAUUUCCUGGACGGGUGAUGGCUGGGAAUUCAAACUGACCGAUCCUGAUGAGGUAGCACGCCGUUGGGGAAUCCGCAAGAACAAACCCAAGAUGAAUUACGAGAAACUGAGCCGUGGACUGCGAUAUUAUUAUGAUAAGAACAUAAUCCACAAGACAGCAGGCAAACGUUAUGUAUACCGUUUUGUGUGUGACCUGCAAAGUUUGAUGGGGAUAUCUCCAGAGGAGCUUCAUGCAAUGGUGGACUUGAAGCCAGAGAAGAAGGAUGAUGACUGAAGGGAUUGGUCAGAUUUGCUGUCACGUGAUUGCAACAACCUUGAGACUCAAGUACUGACAACUGCCACCAUCCUGCAACUGUGGUAUGACUCAGUAGUAGUUGGCUGACAAGUCUGGACAUAACAACACAAACUAUACAUAUCCAGUAACAAAUCACACUGUCUGUCUAUGCAGACCGGUUUUCUAAAUAUCAUUCACAAAAAAUAUGCUCGGCCUAAAGUGUUAUAACCUCAAACUUGUAUUAAGGUGAUACGAGAUUCAGUCGUCAUUUCACCCAUUGGCAUUUGCUGCAGGAUUCUUUGCAAGUGAUAGAGGACUGAUUGGUCGACAGUUUAAAAUGCUCUCUGUUAAAACAUUUGGAGAAACGUCCUUUUAAUAAGAAAGUCUAUAUGUCACGUCUUGUUUCUUGUUGGUGGACGGCAGUUUAACUCAGUCUACUGUUUUUGAAGAUUGGAAAGAAAAACUGUAAUACAGCUGUUGGCAUUGUUAAAUGUUCUGAAUCUAUGGUCACAAAUGUUCUGACAUUGUUCGUUUUCUCGUGUUUUGCCUCGGCUUCAGGCAAUAUAGGAGAAGAUGUGGAAAGCGUAUUUGAAAAAUGUUAAUGUACACAGCUGACAAAAAUAAGAAAGUGCCUUGUAAAUAAUGUAAGCCAUUUUGUCCCAAGAAAAUUGUGGGAUAUCUAACAUGAAUAUUAUUUGUGAUUUCAUGAUACUAAAUAUAAUGGUGUCACUUUUUUAGUUUUAAACUGUGUUUUCUUAUGUAAGAGUGUAAUAUAAUAUUAUUAUGUACGAUAUACAAUUGUUGUGAUUGUAUGGCAAAUGAAAGAAAGAAAGAAAGAAAAAGAAUUUGUUUGGUAUUUUUCUCUGUUUUACAGCUAUUGCUGACAGUCUAUUUCUAAGAUAUAACUUAUCUUAGCAGUUUUUAUAUCGAGUGUAAUUUUUCCAAAAUGUUUAUAGAUGCUGUUUUUAUAUGAUAUAACUAUGUGGAAAAUCAAGCCCCAUCAGUCUGUAUUGGUCCAUGUGCUAUGAGGAGCAGCCCUCAUGUUUUUUCUAUAAUUACACCAUAACUGGAUGACACUUAGUAAUAAGAUUUAUGUGUGGACUUCAUACUUCAUAUUAGCUGUGUUUCCAGCAUUAUAUUAGAGAUUUGACCUAUUCAAAAGUACAAUUUCAUAAACUUUCCUAAAAAGGUUAAGUAAUUUGUUAGCUAAUAACAGUGUAUUUAUCCAAAUUUCAAAAAGCCUUCUGCACAAAAUGUAAACCAAGGCAACAUCAUUUUGAUGCUCAAAACAAAAGAACAGUGCCUCAGUCAUUCUAUUUACAUUUCUUAUGACAGAAAAACAAUCCUUCCAUGUCACAGACAAUCAACAGACUGUCAACAUCCUAAGCUGACGACGAUUGAUGAGACUUAAAUUGAUCCCACAGAGAAAUGAGUUUAUAGAUAAGUAUAUGAUAAUGUUACAUAUCGCCUGCUGAGAAUGAUAGUGACGUAGCUCAGAAUUUUGAGUUAUGUCCAUAGACUUGCAACAUUCACCUUGAAAUCAUGCGGAAGUGUAGGUCCGCUCCAUGCCGCUAGGUAACGACAAACGCCACUAUUGUCAUGAAGGUUUCGCUCCAUCUCUUCAUGCACGAGAGACGUAAGACGGAAGCAGAAAACUUACAAAUUACAUUAAUUCAAAGCAUAUUGUGAAUAGAGUAAAAGGAAUCACUCGAAUAAGUUGUGUGGCGGACGAGGAAUGAAAGAUUGAAGUUACGCCAAAAGUUCGAAGGCAUUUUUCUCGAAACCGUGAUUUCUGAGUUACGUCACUAUUGUUCUCAGCAGGCGAUAUGUCUGUACUCUGUCUCAAUGCACAUGUAAUUGUCCAUAUUGUAAUUCCCAUUGAUAUAUUGUCAUAUUUCUUAGGAAUACUGCAAAAAAAGUGUCAAGCGGAAAUAUUCCUACAAUAACCCCCCCUGUCUUGUGUAAUUGUUACAGAUAUUGUUGAGUCCAUUAUAGAAAUUACCUGUAGAUCUUUACACUUUAACAAGGAAUAUUGUGAGUAUUUUAUAGUUAAUUCUAUUUUCUUAUAUAUCUUCUGGAAAUCUUCAUUUAAAAAGGAAAAUGCACUGUUCUGGUUUCAAUUUUGUCUUAAGAACAAAACAUUUAUUAUUUUUAUUAUUUAAAAAAAAUUUGUUUAGAGAUUGAUGUGACUUGAAUAAGAUGGAAUGUUCAAUAAGGAAUUUUAAAAAUGUUUCUCUGGAAUGGGAUUUUCUUUGUUAAAAGCAAUAACCUUUUGCCAGGACUCGCCUGCAACCGUUACCGUCACGUCACGCAAAGUUUGGUAGAAUAGUUAAGUUAAGAAAACGUCUCGGACAAAAUUUGAAAAUACUGCACAGAAUUAUCAGUAUUAAAACUGAUGGAAAUACAAAUACAUAGGACACUACUACUGUAUUUUGGGCGGAAUAUCUUAAGCUGUCUUGGUUUUAUUCUUGAAGAAACUGUCCUGGUAAAAUAUGUAAAUCCAACAUUUCUGUUUCAUACAAGAAUACACUAUUCUUAUGAUGUGCA